AUGCAACUAGGCAAAUUUAAACCACCUUCCUUCGAGAUUGGAACUAAUGUGAAGUAUGAAAAACUCGUUUCGAACAACAUCAAGCACAUAAAGGCGGAUAUGCUUUAUAUUGAACACAACGUUGGAGAUUUAUCGAACAAGUUUGCGUCCAAAAAACUCUUGGAGACCAUAAGGAGUAAGCUGGAGAACGUCCAUGCCCUAAUAAGCGUGACGGACGGGUACCUGGCGGAGUGGGAGAUUCAGAUACAGCAGUCGCCGAGCUUUCAGAUGGACGACGACUCCUUUGAGCGCCUGUCAGGCCAGUUCAAGCGCGAAACCGCGAAGGUGGGCAGGCUGUCGGAGCUGGUGAAGCAGAAGUCAAUAUACAGCGACUCAAUAAGCACCGACGACGGCUCAAGCCUGGACUUGAUGAGCUCUGUGGACACGCACUUCAUCAACGAGGCGAAGCUGGACUUCGAGUACGACGAACAGCUGGUGCCGCUGUUCACAAUAGGCGAAAAGGAGCUACUCCUCUCAGACUCCAUUGUACAAACGAGAAAUGAAGGAAUCAUGAAUAUAAAGGGCCAAAUAGAGCAGGCCAGAGAUAUAUUCAAGGACCUGGCGACGAUAGUGACUGUGCAGGACGAAGGCUUUCAGAGGAUAGAGAAUAACCUCGUCGACGCAAAGCUGAACAGCAUGGAAACGCUAACUGAAAUAGAACAGUAUAAAAUGAACAGAAAAUCAAAUAAAAAAAGGACCAUGUGGCUAAUAGGGAUCAUUUCGUGCCUAGGAUCGGGAAUAUUCUACGGAUACAGGUACAUAUAUCCACUAUUGAUAUGA